GAACAUAUGGAGAUGGAAAAGAAUGGGCACAGAGCUCAUUGUUUGGUCUUAACCUAUCCAGCCCAAGGCCACAUUAAUCCUAUGAUGGAAUUCUGCAAGCGUUUGCAGCACAAAGGAGUAAAAGUUACAUUUGUUAUUACCAACUUCAUCUCCAAGACCAUGCAUAAAGAAGCAAGCUCUAUUGCGCUCGAGACAAUCUCCGAUGGCUAUGAUGAAGGCGGGUUAGCGCAAGCGGAGAGCAUCUAUGCCUACGAGGAGAGCUUCCGGCGAGUCGGGUCGCAAACUCUGACUCAGCUCAUUGAGAAACUUUCAAGCUCAAGCAGCCCGGUUGAUUGUGUUGUUUAUGACUCUUUAUUGCCUUGGGCUCUAGACAUAGCCAAAAGUUUUGGCUUGCUCGGGGCUGUGUUUCUUACUCAAUCUUGUGCUGUUGAUAAUAUAUACUACCAUGUCCACAAAGGAGCACUCAAACUCCCUCUUUCAGAGACUGAAAUUUUGCUUCCUGGGUCGCCGCCACUCCAACCUCAGGAUUUGCCGUCCUUCAUUUCUGAUUUCGGAUCCUACCCGGUUUACUAUGACAUGCUUGUGGGUCAAUUCUCCAACAUUGAUAAAGCUGACUGGGUCCUUGUUAACACUUUUUAUGAGUUGGAGCAAGAGGUGGUGGACUGGAUGGCAAAGAUACUGCCAUUGAGGACAAUAGGACCAACUAUACCAUCUAUGUUCUUAGACAAUCGAAUUGAAGAUGACAAAGAGUAUGGAUUGAGCAUCUUCAAGCCAAACACCGAUACUUGCAUGAAAUGGUUAAAUGAUCGUCCGAAUGGGUCAGUCGUUUACGUUUCAUUCGGGAGUAUGGCUGCUCUUGAAGUUGAGCAAAUGGCUGAACUAGCUUGGGGAUUGAGAAUGAGCAACAGUUACUUCUUGUGGGUUGUCAGGGCAUCGGAAGAGGCAAAGCUCCCGAAAAACUUCGUGGAGGAGACGUCAGAGAAGGGAUUGGUGGUCCGUUGGUGUCCUCAGCUAGAGGUCUUAACUCACGAGUCAGUGGGAUGCUUUGUGACACAUUGUGGGUGGAACUCUACUCUGGAGGCUCUCAGCUGCGGUGUUCCGAUGGUUGCAGUGCCACAAUGGACAGACCAACCCACGAAUGCAAAGUAUAUUAUGGAUUUUUGGAAGAUGGGAUUGAAAGCUCCGGUUGAUGAGAAAGGGUUAGUCAGUCGAGAAGCAGCGGAACAUUGCAUCAAGGAAAUAAUGGAGGGAGAGAGAGGGAAAGAGAUAAGGAAAAAUGCCUUAAAAUGGAGGAAAUUGGCCAAAGAAGCUGUUGACGAAGGUGGAAGUUCUGAUAAAAACAUUGAAGAAUUUGUAGCCAAAUUGGUUCACUCCUAAGCUCUAGACACAAGUUUCAUGUCUAUUUCCUAAUAACCUGUGGAAUGGUUCAAAUCCUAUCUUUAAUUGCUUCUUGUUCAAUUAUUGCAUUUGACACUUGCAUAUUUGCUCUUAGCCUCCAGAAAGUUCUCGAUCAACUGAUAUUUGGAGAAAAGAAUAAAAUAUCUUCAUACUUUUGUAUUG